CCUCACAUCUUUGUCAGUGAACAAAAUGGCAACCUACUGUCUGACUGUCGCCCGGCUUCAGCUGGCACUGGGCCAUGGUGCACGGCGCCUGCAUGUGUCAGCAGCUUACAGAGCCAAGGCCAAAGUGUCUAUGAGCCGCUUUGAGCCUACUACCUUCGUCAACUACGAGAAGCUCCAGUCCAACGUUGACAUUGUGAAAAAAAGACUCAACCGGCCUCUAACCCUGUCAGAGAAGAUCGUGUACGGCCACCUCGAUGACCCCCACAACCAGGAUAUCGAUCGUGGUCGCACCUACCUGCGGCUGCGUCCCGACCGUGUGGCUAUGCAGGAUGCUACUGCCCAGAUGGCAAUGCUCCAGUUCAUCAGCAGCGGCCUGCCGAAGGUGGCUGUGCCCUCCACCAUCCACUGUGAUCACCUGAUUGAGGCCCAGGUUGGAGGCGUGAAGGAUCUGGCCAGAGCGAAGGAAGUCAACCAAGAGGUCUACAACUUCCUGUCCAGCGCUGGGGCAAAAUAUGGAGUCGGUUUCUGGAAGCCUGGAUCAGGAAUCAUCCAUCAGAUCAUCCUAGAGAACUACGCCUACCCAGGAGUGAUGCUUAUUGGCACAGAUUCCCACACACCAAACGGUGGUGGACUUGGUGCCAUCUGCAUUGGAGUUGGAGGAGCUGAUGCAGUCGAUGUGAUGGCAGGAAUCCCCUGGGAGCUCAAGUGUCCCAAGGUGAUUGGUGUGAAGCUGACGGGCACACUCUCAGGCUGGACUUCUCCUAAGGAUAUCAUCUUGAAGGUGGCCGGCAUCCUCACAGUAAAGGGAGGCACCGGAGCCAUUGUGGAGUACCAUGGACCAGGAGUCGACUCUAUUUCCUGCACUGGAAUGGCCACCAUUUGCAACAUGGGAGCAGAGAUCGGAGCCACAACCUCUGUGUUCCCUUACAACCACCGCAUGAAGACCUACCUGGAGAAGACUGGACGUGGACAGAUCGCUGCUCUGGCUGAUGAAUACUCAGACUUGUUGGUACCAGAUAAAGGCUGCGAGUAUGACCAGGUCAUUGAACUCAAUCUGGAUGAGCUGAAGCCCCAUAUCAACGGACCGUUCACCCCUGACCUGGCUCACCCGGUGUCUGAUGUCGGCUCUGUGGCUGAACAGAACGGUUGGCCACUGGAGGUCAAAGUUGGCCUGAUUGGCAGCUGCACCAACUCCAGCUACGAGGACAUGGGCCGCGCUGCUUCUGUUGCCAAGCAGGCUUUGGACAAAGGCCUGAAGUGCAAAGCUCAGUUCACAGUCACCCCCGGCUCAGAGCAGAUUCGUGCCACCAUCGAAAGAGACGGAUAUUCAAAGAUCCUUGGAGAGGUUGGAGGUGUGGUUAUGGCUAACGCGUGUGGACCCUGCAUUGGACAGUGGGACAGGCGUGAUGUGAAAAAGGGAGAGAAGAACACCAUCGUCACUUCCUUCAACAGAAACUUCACUGCCAGGAAUGACGCUAACCCUGCUACACAUGCCUUUGUUACCUCACCAGAGAUUGUCACUGCCCUCGCCAUCGCCGGUACAUUAAAAUUCAACCCUGAGACGGAUUACCUUACAGCACCCAAUGGUGAGAAGUUCAAGCUGGACCCCCCUAAUGGAGACGAACUGCCUGCCAGAGACUUCGACCCAGGCCAGGACACCUACCAGCACCCCCCUCCUGAUGGCACCAGCCUCAGGGUGGACGUCAGCCCUCAGAGCAACCGCCUCCAGCUGCUGGAGCCGUUUGACCAAUGGAGCGGAAAGGAUCUGGAGGACCUGCGGGUCCUCAUCAAGGUGAAGGGAAAAUGCACCACAGACCACAUCAGCGCUGCAGGACCUUGGCUGAAGUUCCGCGGUCACCUGGAUAACAUCUCCAACAACAUGCUGAUCGGUGCAGUCAACAGUGAGAAUGACGCUGUCAACAAGAUCAAGAACCACCUGACAGGAGAUUACGGAGGAGUCCCUGAUGUGGCCCGUCACUACAAGGCCAACAGUGUGUCAUGGGUCGUGGUUGGAGACGACAACUACGGUGAGGGUUCCAGCAGAGAGCACGCAGCGCUGGAGCCCCGGCAUCUGGGAGGCAGAGCCAUAAUUGUCAAGAGCUUUGCCAGAAUCCAUGAAACCAACCUGAAGAAGCAGGGUCUGCUGCCACUGACCUUCAGCAACCCAUCAGACUACGACAAGAUCCGCCCAGAUGACAAGCUCUCCAUCAAAGGACUCGAAACCUUCACUCCUGGAAAGUCUCUGGCCGCAGUCGUGAAGCACAGCGACGGCAGCCAGGAGACCCUGGAACUCAACCACAGCUUCAACGAGACACAGAUCGAAUGGUUCAAAGCAGGCUCCGCCCUCAACAGGAUGAAACAGCUGCAGCACUGAAGAUGAACAGAGAAAAAUAUGGGGGAGGAUUUUCCAGUGGGAAAACGGGGUGGUGAGGAUUGUAGGGAAGAAGGAGGAUAAAGAAUGUUAACGGUUGUUUCAUCAUCUGCAUUAGCUUACGGUUGUUACUGAAGAAAUGCGUCGGUAUACCUCGAAGAGUUCACUGUAGAGCGAAGUAGAAUUACUUCAGACUAAGUGUUAAGAUAAUGUCGAUGAUGGAACAACAGCAUCUGGUCUGCGGUCAGGUAUUUGUUCAUUUGUCAGUGCAUAGCUUUUCUUGAAGUUAUUGUCAGCCGCUGUGUUUCAGUCGAGCAGUGAUAACCGGUUAGAGAUUCUAUUGUGAAAGCAAACAUACACUUUAACACACUGAGCUUUGACCUGAGCGGUGAUACGCUGCCAGCUGAUGUGCUGCCUGUCUUUUUUUUUUUUUCUGCAGCUGUUCAAACAGGCCUGUACAGUCUGCAGGCCGCUUGACUCGGCAGCUUGUUGCUUUGGGAUUGUUUUGACCACUGCAUGGCAAUAAUGAGCUUUAGUCAAUCACUAUCAUUCAGCCUGCCUCUGUGUUAUUUAAAGUGCACCCUAAAGCGGUAAAUGCUGCCAUUUGCUGCGUCUGUGGGUCCAUUUAGUCUGUUUUGUGACGUGGCAAGGAUCAAACGGAUCCAAAAAUAAACUUCCAGGCAUUGGCUUCCAUGCUGAAGGUUAGCUUGUCUGUCCCCCUGGUGGCCAUGAGGAGGUACAAGAUAAAGCAACAGCAAUCUGACGUCUGUUUUCUAGGAAUUGUUUUAAAAAAAAAAAUCAGUAAAAACUAAAUUAAGUUAACUUGUAGGAUGAAUUUAACAUCAGAUUACUGUGUAUCUAAGAGUGUGAGACUAUUAGAGGUCAUUUCUCUAUCGAUGUCCUGUGCUACAGUAUAUUUGACUCAUUACAACACACAUCCUCAGUGUUACAAAUGGUUGUAGACAUUUCCUAUCAUACAAAGGGACACAUAUGCUUUAAUACUCUAAAAAAAAAAAAACAACUCACCCUCUUCUUCCCUACUACUGUCACUACCAACAUCCCUCACCUGCUCUCCUGAUCAAUCCCAACAUCUUUGCGAGCACAUCAUAUGUCUUCUCGACAGUUAUUUAUUUCUUUUUUUUUUCCCUGCAAAAAUCCACAUCUUGCAUGCAUUUCCAUAAAAGGCUUUUUGUCUUCAUGAACAGGGUAAACUUGGACUUGUGUCCUCUUCCAUCCUGUAUUUUCAGUGCCCUUUUUUGUAGGGUGUCGUGCCACAUUUUGCGUUAUUUUUACCCCGACAAGAAUAAAACCAUUGUGGGGGGAAAAGAGAGAGAGAUUAGCAGCACGUUUCAUAACAGAAGAGAGAAAUUGCUGUUUUUCAGUGCUGAGGCUUUUCAUAAGAAACCCAAAAUUACUGAGUCAGCUGGAUUUGGGUCUCUGUUGAUAUAAUUAAGUCAAGUUUGCUCCAUGUGAGCAGGGUCAUUUUUGUCAGAUCAGAAACAGCUCUUCGCUUCCUGCUUCCUGCAAACUUUAAUGCACCAAUCAGAUGAAGGCUUAAACCACCCCCUUCUUCUAAACCACUGUGUGUAAAGUGUCUGGUUUCAUGUGCAUUUAAUUGUUUGUGUUUCUUUUCUCCCAGAUUAUCUCUUCUGUAUUACAGAAAUACCAAUGGGUUGUAAAAAUAAAAUUCACAGAUCUCAUUUAUUUA